AUGUCCAAGUUCUCUCUCAAAGGUCGCGUUGCCGUUGUCACCGGUGGUGGCCGAGGUUGUGGUCUGGCAUUCGCUCAAGGUCUCGCAGAGGCCGGGGCCGACGUUGCCAUUUUUGAUCUGAUAGAUCCGGAGCCAACUGCAUUUGAGCAACUUUCUUCUGCAAACGGGGUAAAGGCAAGGGCAUACGUCGUUGACGUAACAUCUCUCUCCAGCUUGGAGAAAGCCUUUGCCUCCGUGGCGGCCGACUUUGACGGCAAACUCGACAUCUUUGUCGCUUGUGCGGGUGUGAACAAGAACGUGGAGUUCCUCGACACCGAGGAGGCAGACUUUGACAGGCUCUACGGUGUCAACUGCAAGGGGCUCUACUUUUCCGCAAAGAUGGCUGCCAAAGCCAUGAUCGCCAAUGGCACUAAAUGCGGAAGCAUCAUCUUCGUUGCAAGCAUCGCAUCAUACAUUGCUAUUCGCUCUCAGCGAUCUACUGCUUAUUGCGGCACCAAGGGCGCUGUUCGCGCAAUGGUUGCCCCGAUAGCUGCCGAGCUCAACAAGUACGGGAUCCGGGUCAACUCCAUCUCUCCUGGUUAUGUGCGGACGGAAAUGACGGCUCCGUUCCCCGAUCUUCUUGAAGGGUGGAAGGAUGAAAUCAUGAACGGCAGAGUAGCAGAGCCUGACGACAUCAAGGGAGCGUGCGUUUUCUUGGCGAGCGAUGCCAGCAAAUAUUGUCAAGGAAGCGACAUCUUGGUUGAUGGUGGCGUGACCAAAUGGUAG